AUGGCUUCUUCAUCGUCGUCUUCAUCUGCUAUUGAUUGGAAAUAUGAUGUGUUCCUGAAUUUUAGAGGGGAAGACACUCGAAAGACCUUCAUCGGCCAUCUGUACAAAGCUCUAGUUCACAACUCAAUCAACACCUUCAUUGAUGCCCAAGAGCUUAGAAAAGGCAACGACCUUUCGCAGCUACUAAAAGCUAUUAGCGGCUCGAGGCUUUCGAUUGUAGUUUUUUCUCAAAACUAUGCUUCUUCCAGAUGGUGCUUAAAAGAACUCGUCCACAUCCUGCACUGCAUGGAUACGCAUGAGCAGAUAGUGGUCCCUAUUUUCUACGGAGUAGAUCCAUCUCAUGUUCGUAAACUCGAGGGAAGUUUUGCAGAAGCUUUUUCUAAACAUGAACACGAUUCUAACGCCGGCAUGGAAGAGGUGCAGGGCUGGAGCUCCGCCCUGAGAAGAGUCCCCAAUUUAUCUGGCUGGGAUUCACGAAAUUACGAGGAUGAUGCCAAGCUUAUUGAGUUGAUCGUAGAAGAUAUAUUCAAGAAACUGAUCAACAUCUCAACAAGUGAAAAGAAUGGCUUGGUUGGAAUGGAUUCCCGCUUACAGAAAAUGGAUUCACUAUUAUGUCCCGAGGUGAAUGAUGUUCGCUUUGUUGGAAUAUGGGGUAUGGGCGGUAUAGGCAAAACCACCAUCGCCAGAGCUAUGUAUGACAGAAGCAAUCAUCACUUUGAAGGUUGCUGCUUUCUCGAAAAUGUCAAGGAACGUUUCCCGACAUUUGAUGCAGGUGAAGCACCACUCGAUGUGCAGGCAGAACUUCUAUCUAGUAUCACGAAUACCAGGCUAGGGAGUUCAGAGCUUUUGAGAUAUGGUUUUCAGAAGAUGAUGGCAAGAUAUGCUUUCAGUACAAAGCAACCCACAGGAGAAUACAAUCAUUUGUCAAGCCAUUUGAUAAAAUAUGCUCAAGGUCUGCCUUUAGCACUUAAAAUCUUGGGAGCUUUUCUCGAAAACAAAAGUGUACUUGUGUGGAAAGACGAGUUAAAGAAAAUCGAGAGAACCCCGCACUUGGGAAUUCAGAAAGUCCUCAGAACGAGCUUCGAUGGACUUGACGAUUUACAGAAGGAAAUAUUUCUUGAUAUUGCAUGUUUCUUUAAACAAAUGAAAAAAGAUUAUGCAACAAGCAUUAUGGAGGGUUGUGGCUUCCAUCCCCAUACUGGAUUAGAAGUUCUAGUUGGUAGAGCUCUUGUAGUUAUCUCAUCUGACGGUACACUCGAGAUGCAUGAUUUACUAGAGGAAAUGGGUUGCGAAAUUGUCCGCCAAGAAUGUAUGAAAGAGCCUGGGAAGCGCAGUAGGUUGUGGAGAUAUGAAGAUGUCUGUCAUGUGUUAAAUCACAAUACGGCAACUGAAGCAGUUGAAAGUAUAAUUGUGCGUUGGCCGCAUUCAAACAAUGUAGUAGAAUUAAAUAUGGCUUUUGUUAAAAUGACAGAACUAAGACUACUCAGAGUCCACUCGUACUAUUUACUAGCAAAACACCCAAUGGUUGAUGAAAACCAAUAUGAGGAUUUAAAGUUUCUUUCUGGAAAGUUAAGUUGUCUUUUCUGGCCCAAUUGCCCUCUAAAGUUUUUGUCAUCCAAAUUUAACCCGGAGAAUCUUGUUGACCUUGACAUGCAAUAUAGUCGCGUUGAACACCUUUGGAAAGGAACUAAGCCUCUCGAAAAGUUGAAAGUUAUCAAUCUAAAAGGCUCUCAACUGGAAGAAACUCCCGACUUCACCAAGGCAAGAAAUCUUGAGAAACUAAUUCUUGAUGGUUGUACAAGUUUAUCUGAGGUUCACCCAUCCAUUUGGGCUCUCGAAAAACUUGUCCUCUUGGAUCUAAGUUGGUGCUACAGACUCCAGACUAUUUCAAGCAUCAGUUGUAUGAAAUCUCUUGAAACCCUUAAUCUUUCUUUUUGCUCAAACAUUGAGAAGUUCCCAGAGAUUUUAGAAGUUAUGGAGAAGCUUUCAAAGCUGUGUUUGCGAGGGACAUCGAUGAAAGAACUGCCUCGAUCAAUUAACAAUCUUACGGGGCUUGUUACUUUAAACCUUGAAUGUUGCAGAGAGCUUGAGAUGCUUCCAAGCAGCAUUGUUCAACUCAAGUCGCUUAAAUUUCUUUAUCUUUCUGGUUGUUCAAAGCUUGAGGCCUUUCCGAAAAAUGUGGAAAAUAUGGAAGGUUUAAAAGAGCUUUGCCUGGAUGAAACAUCCGUUAGAGAGCUUUGCCCAUCAAUUUUCUUUCUGCAAAACCUUGAGCGUUUGAGUCUGGAGCAGUGCACAAAACUUCAUAGUCUUCCGAGCAGCAUUCAUAUGAGAUCCCUUCGAAACCUUAAUCUUUCUGGCUGCUCAAAUUUGGAGAGGUUUCCAGAAAUUCCUGAGGUUAUGGAGAACCUAUCAGAGCUUUAUGUAGAUGGGACUGGAAUAGCAGAACUGCCAUCAUCCAUUAAAAAUUUUACGGGGCUCGUUACUUUGAACAUGAAGGGUUGUAAAAGAUUUAAGGUUCUUCCAAGCAGCAUUCAUAUGAGAUCUCUUCAAGCCCUAAAUCUUUCUGGCUGCUCAAAUCUGAUGAAUUUUCCUAUGAUUCUAGAAGUUAUGGAGAACCUAUCAGAGCUUCACUUAGAUUGGUUUGUUUACUCAACAAAAUUUGAAAAACCUACAGAGCUAGAUUCGUCUUUAGACUCAACAACAUCUAAUAAUCUUACAGAGCAUGAAGGAUAUAUUCAAGAUCAUCGAACCUUUACCAACCAAUAUCUUCAGCAGCUUCCUCAUGUUUCAGGGAUUGCAAUCAAAGAAUUGCCAUCGGUAAUUUAUAAUCUUACCGGGAUUGUUACUUUGACGCUACGGUAUAGCAAAGGCUUUAAGCGUCUGACAAGCAGAAUUUGUCAACUCAAGUCCCUUAAUUAUCUUUCUCUUUCUGGUUGUACAAAGUUUGAGGUGUUUCCGGACAUUGUAGAAAAUAUGGAAAGAUUAGCCAGCCUUGAUCUGGAUGAAACAUCUAUCAGAGAGCUUCCCCAAUCAAUCGAACGGCUUCAGGGGCUUGUGUCGUUAAAUCUGAAAAACUGCAAAAACCUUGUCUAUCUUCCGGACAGUAUCUGCAAUUUGUUAAGUCUUGAAUGGCUCACUCUCAGUGGGUGCUCAAAACUUUCUAAGUUGCCUGAGGACUUGUUGUAUUUGAAGCGCCUUGAUGUAAAGGGAACUGGUAAAAAACAGCGAUAUUUCAGCACUUUGGGGGAGUUGGCUCAGUUUCGAAGCACUGCACCUUUGAUUGAUAUUGCAGGCUCAAACAACAACCAUGGGCCAACAGCUUCCCACCUCAGCACUUUGGGGGAUUCGGUUCAAUUUCAGAGCACUGUACUUUUGAGCGUUAUGGUGGACGAGGAAAAUGAGGCCGUGGCUGUUGGGGAAACUUUGAGUGAUCUUGAGGAGUCGAGCUAUAAGGAAGAGGAGGAGAAGGCGCUGGCAGCCUCCAGGAGAGGUGGGAGGAUAUGGGGUUGUUGCAUCUGUGGGGCGCGGGGUAAUGAGGAUUAA